UGGAAGAACUCUGAAGUUGUGUGCGAAUCUUAUCUCGUGGAUAUAACUAUAUCUAACAAAAAUGGACAAAAGUUUACGCUGACCGCGCAAAGUGCUAAUGACCUUGACCUACCGAACUAUAAAAUGAACUUAGUGAACUGUGAUAAAUAUACUCAUUUACAAGGACUUAAAAAUAAUUUCUGCAGUGAAAACUUAAAACCAGAAAUACUGAUAGGUCAAGACUACUACCACUUACAGUUACCGUUGGAGAUUGUCAUCGGUAGCCCCGAGGAGCCCUGCGCCACUCGUACACCUCUUGGUUGGUGCAUACAUGGAAGAACUCCCGGCGCGUCAUCAGCUGCGCCCGCGGUGCACUCGACCCUGUUUAUCUGCCAUAGUGACGUCACCGAUGACGACGCGAGCGAAACCAAACGGCUGCUGCAGGACCUGCAUGAAGAAGUACGUCGUUCCUUCACGUAUGACUCAUUGGGCGUAACUAGUAAACCCCGUGAGAACUAUAACGACGUAUGCGUCGUGAAAAAACUUGACAAGACCUCCAAACUUGUCAAUGGACGGUGGUAUGUUGGACUCCCUUGGAAGAAUGAGCAAUGUGAAUUACCUGACUCCUUCCCUCACGCCACGUCUCGUCUGAAGGGAGUGGAGCGCAAGAUGGAAAAAUGUGAUGGCUAUAGAGAGAGAUACAACGAACGCGUCCAACACCUGUUUGACAAUGACUACGCACAAGAGUUAAAGGAUACAGCAGUAACCAGCAAAACAUGGUACUUACCACAUUUCGGAGUGGAUAACAAAAAUAAAAAGCGCCUUAGGCUCGUUUUUGACUGCGCCGCUGAAACGAAUGGAUUGUCACUAAACCAUUACCUACUUAAGGGCCCCGACCUACUGAGGUCACUGUUUGGAAUUAUGUUGCGGUUCCGAGAGCAGAGGAUUGGUGUGACGGCGGACAUAAAAGAUAUGUUCUUACGCGUCAAAAUCAGAGAAGAGGACCAGAAUGCGCUACGAUUUUUAUACCGAAGCGACCCUAAGGGACCGGUAAAUACCUACGUCAUGACUUCGCUAAUAUUCGGAGCUAACUGUAGCCCUUUCGUAGCACAAUAUAUAAAAAACAAGAACGCCCAGCGCUUCGAGCCUACGAUGUUACCUGCCUGCGAAGCUAUAUACAAUCAACACUAUGUGGACGAUUAUAUAGACAGCCUGCCAGAUGAGAAAACCGCUAUUGAGUUGAUAAGAGAUAUAAAGUCCAUACAUCAGCAAGGUGGCUUCGAGUUACGUAACUGGACUUCAAAUAGUAAACAAGUUCUCGAGUCCAUGCCAAAAUCAACUCUCGGCGAAGCAGCUGUAAAGUUCAAAACCGGAGAACAAUACGAAAGCGAGCGAACUCUGGGUUUGAUCUGGUUUCCACAUGAAGAUGUACUGGGGUUCGACGUUUCAUUUAAGAAGAUUCCUGAAAACAUUAUCAACGGAACACAGAGACCGACAAAACGAGACAUUCUACGUGUUGUGAUGUCUAUAUUUGACGUUUAUGGAUUUUUAUCUCCGUUUACUGUACAUGGGAAAAUGAUAAUACAAUUAUGUUGGCAAGAAAACAUAGAUUGGGAUAUGGAAAUACCUAACACAAUAUAUGAGAAGUGGUGCAAAUGGAUAAGUUGCUUAAAGUCAUUACGCAACAUACGACUUCCCAGAUUUUACCACAAUGCAGCGCAUACGAAACCUACGGGAGCGAAAGAGACAGACUCGAUCGCGACGGCGGCCGGCACCUCCAGCGCGCGAGACAAGGAUGGCGCGCAAGAUAAGGAUGAGGCGCGCGCGCACGUGCACCCGCUGGACUUAGAGCCUCCACCCGUAGACUCCACAACAGACUACGCGAACUUGGAAUUGCACUUGUUUUGCGACUCGUCUAGUAAGGCUAUGUGUGCCGUGGCGUACUGGCGCUGGGAAAGCAACGCGCAUGUGUACGUUGCAUUUGUGGCAAGCAAGUGCCGAAUUGCUGCAAAUAAAAUUACGUCGAUCCCGCGACUUGAAUUGAACUCUGCAGUCCUGGCUGCUAGACUGGCUGACACUAUAAUAAAGGAACAUAAAAUUAAACCUAUACGGAAAAUAUUCUGGAGUGACUCAACGACAACUUUACACUGGAUAAGAAAUAAGUGUCGCACCUAUAAGCCGUACAUCGCUAAUCGCUUAGGCGAAAUAGAUGAACUUACCUGCAGUGAUGAGUGGAGGUACGUCCCGACGAACCUUAACAUAGCGGACGUGGGAACCAGAGAAACAUAUGAGGAGUCUAUCCUACAAGGUCAAUGGCUACACGGACCGGUAUUCUUAUGCGAUAAUGAGCGCACUUGGCCGAAGGAUUGUUUACAACCUGUAAUCAAUGAAAAUGAAUUAGAGUGUGUUAACAUUAUACAAAUGGUAAAUGAUGAGAUACCUAUACCUGAGCCUGCGCGAUUUUCAUCGUGGCUGCGUCUGCUCCGAAGUACUCACGCUGUUUUGAAGUUUAUAAAAGGAUGUCGAAAACUUACCGAUAAUAAUAACGAGACAAUGGAGGAAGCCGAGCGCCUGCUGAUAAGACAAUCACAGGCCCAGUCGUUUAGUGAUGAGAUUAAAAUCCUGAAAGAGGGAAAAUACAUAGAAAAAAAUAGUAAGUUACUUACCUUAUCACCUUACCUGGACGAGUACGGAGUCCUGCGCGUCGGGGGCCGAAUCGAUGACGCUGCCGACGUGUCACCUGAAACAAAAAGACCAAUAAUCCUAGAUGGAAAAGAUUACAUAACUAGAUUGAUUGUGAAGUCUUACCAUGUCAGCGCCGCUCAUCAAAAUCAAGAAACCGUGGUGAACAACCUAAAACAAAAAUAUUGGAUUACUAAACUUCGCCCAACGGUUAAAAAUAUUGCAUCGAAAUGUAUGAUCUGCAGAAUAAAGAAAAGCAGACCUGAAAUUCCCAGAAUGGGAAACUUACCUGAAGCACGGAUGGCUCAUCACCAGCGCCCGUUCACCUUCUGUGGAAUAGACCUGUUUGGGCCGCAAGAAGUCGCUAUAGGGAGAAGACGAGAGAAGAGGUAUGGGGUCAUUUUUACCUGUUUAACCGUCAGGGCUAUUCAUUUAGAAACCGUCGCGUCCUUGACUACCGACGCCUUAAUUAUGGCCCUCAGACGCAUGGCCGCGAGGAGGGGAUGGCCUCAACAAAUCUUCUCUGACAACGGAACGAAUCUUCGUGGGGCCGACGUCGAGCUGAAAAGGGCACUUCAGGAACUGAAAAAUAAUGAUGAGGUACGCAACGCUGCCAUGAAUCACGGGACCAAAUGGACGUUCAUUCCCGCCGCUAGUCCACACUGGGCUGGGGCAUGGGAGCGUAUGAUAAGAAGUGUAAAGGCCUCGCUGAAAAUUGUCCUGAAAGAACGUGCGCCCAGAGAAGAGACUUAUAACACGCUGUUAGCCGAGGUGGAAAAUAUUGUUAAUAGCCGACCUCUAACGCACGUGUCUGUGGAAGCUGGAAGUGCAGUGACCUUGACACCAAACCAUUUUUUAUUGGGCUCGUCGUCUAACUUACCUCAGAUGGGCAUCUUUGAUAAUUCCGAGUUUUUCCUGAGAAAACAAUGGCGGAUUGCACAGAGGCUUGCCGACCUAUAUUGGAAACGCUGGGUAAGAGAAGUUUUACCAGAUUUGUUGCCUCGACAGAAAUGGAAUAAAGAGCAGAGGCCCUUGCAAGUGGGAGACCUAGUUCUCAUUGUCGACCCUGAUGGGCCCCGUAAUGUCUGGCCACGAGGCAUCAUCGAACAGACCUUGCCAGGGCGAGACGGACGAACCAGAAUGGUUAGAAUAAGGACGAAAACGGGUGUCCUUACCCGGUCCGCCGCACGCGUCGCUCGAAUACCUGUUGGAGAAGAGUGCUGCUAGGGGGCAGCACCACUGGGGUGGGGCAUGUGAGCGACGCAAUUAGUUUUAAGUUUUGAAUACCUGUUUUACGUUUGUUAAAGCUAGGGGACGAACGGGGAGAACGCGCGGGGCGCGGGAGCGGUCCUGAUAGUUAACCGUACUAGAGCAAUUUUUAAACCAGUCGAUAUACGCUGUUGCUCUCUCCGCACGUCCCUUAUCGCUAGUAUU